AUGGAAUCUGAGGAAGGCGGUGACGGUGUGAAUUAUAGUGGGAAUUUUGUCACCGAUACGUUAUUUCCUACAUUUGACGAUGUUGUUACAUGGGCUGGUGGUGUUUUCAUAAAAUUGGGAUUUAUAUUGGUGAAAUCAUCUUAUAACAAAACCAGAGAUGGUCGUCCGUAUCGGUAUUUGCGAUGUGAUCGGUCACGAAGGAGCAAGCCGAGAGAUUUGGAGAACGUGAUACGGAAGGACACCAAAACCAAAGCUAAUGGUUGUCCAUUCUACAUCAAGAUAUAUUAUGAUGUCAGCACCGAAAGUUGGAAGAUCAUUGCGAAAAAUGAUCACACCAGGACACAUAACCACCCAAUGAUUGUGUACCCAGAGGGUCACCGUAAAGUGAGCGGAUUGAGUCCGGGUGCAAAACAGGUUGUGCGGGACAUGACAAAGUCCAAGGUUGCUCCCCGUAACAUCAUGUCCACUAUUGCCGAGCAAUUUCCUGAUGAUCAUCCAAACACCCGACACAUUUACAAUUGCCGAAAUGACUUCAGGAUGGAAAUGUCCGAAGGAAGAGGAGUUGUUCAACAAUUUCUUCAUCUGGCGAGAGAGAGUAAAUACAUUUACUGGUUCACGAACGAUGAUCACAACGUUUUGCAACAUGCAUUUAUGGUGCACCCGAUCAUGGUCAACAUACUCCGCACAUACCCACAUGUCAUAGGUAUGGAUUCUACUUACAAGACCAAUCGAUAUAACAUGCCUUUCUUUGAGAUAGUAGGCGUGACACCGACAAACCAAAAUUUUCUAGUUGGAUAUGUUUUCAUGCGCGACGAGUGCACGGCUAGCUAUCGGUGGGUGUUGAGAAGAUUAAGGGAGUUGAUUGGGUUUGAUAAAGUGCCAUCUGUAUUUAUUUCAGACCGUGAUCUUGGGCUAUGUGCGGCUUUGAGAGAAGUCUUUCCAGGGACGUCACAUUUACUGUGUCUAUGGCACAUCAACAGAGAUGUGGAGGCUAAGGUGACGAAGAUGCUUGGAAACAAGACGGUUGGUGUCAGUUUUAGAGCUGGGAGAUGGUUCAAAAUCGUGAAUGCAACAACACAGGCGGAGUAUGAUCGUGCUCUAACUGUCAUGCAAGUGAGGUGGGGAAAAUAUCCGGAAGUGAUUCAGUAUGUUCAGAGAACUUGA